GCAACACCACCGCGCAGUGAGUGAGUAGUACAGGUGACGAGAGACACGUCGGUACCACCGGUUCGUGGUGGUGAAAAACAUGGGAAAACUUAUAGAAUUCAACCUAACUUUAAAGGACAAUAAAGUCGUUUAUAGUCCCGGAGAGUCACUAUCAGGAACCCUGAACAUCUCAACCGCUCAAGAUCUACCAUGUAAAGAUAUCAAGGUAAAUUGCCAGGGCUUCUGUGGCGUCACCAGCAAGCCAAAUGACACUGCUUGGACUGUGGAGGAGCAGUACUUCAGCAGCACUCUCUCUGUGGCAGAUAAAGGAACCCUUAAACGGGGUGAACAUACAUUCCCUUUCAAGUUUCUCCUUCCUGCCUCUGCUCCGACUUCGUUUGAAGGGAAUUAUGGGAAGGUUAUGUACAGAGUGAGAGCGUUCAUCGACACUCCUCGCUUCUCGAAGGACUAUAAGACUGAGAAGCCUUUCUACCUGCUAAGUCUCUUUAACCUGAAUGAAGUGCCUGACAUCCACGGACCUAGUUCAUCUGCCGUUACUAAGAAGUUCACCUACCUACUGGUGAAGACCGGGACUGUGGAGCUGAAAGCCCAGACGGACAUGAAAGGCUACACCCCUGGCCAGGUCAUCAAGAUCACUGCAGAGAUCCACAACCAGUCAGGGAAAACAACGGGGGCUGUUGUGGCCAGUCUCAUGCAGAAAGUGACUUACCAGACAAAGAAGCCCACCAUUGACAUCAGGAUUUUAGCACAGGUGGAGGGGGCUGGAGUGAAGGCUGGAAAACAGGCUGAGUGGAAGGAACAGAUUAUUGUACCUCCUCUGCCCCAGUCAUUACUGGCUGGCUGCGAUCUCAUAAACAUAGAAUACUUCAUUCAAAUCUCUCUGAAAUUUCCGGAGACUUCAUUUCUGUUGCCCAUCCACAUUGGAAACAUCUCAGUGGACACCACGUCAGCACGACCCUCCAGACCACCUCCCCCGAACCCUGAUUCUCCGGGCUCUUGCAAGAUAAAAAAUGACAGACGCUCUGAGCCAUCCUCCAAAGACCAAGGAACUCCUCUUCCCACUACUCCUGCGCCCCGCCCAGGGCCUGUACCUGCUCCCAGGAACAGACUCUCCUUGUCCUCCCCCAGCGCCCCUCCAUCUGCCUCCCCCAGCGCCCCUCCAGCUGAGAUGGACUAUCAGCUGAUGGGGGCCGGGGGGCAGACAACGGAGGCCCUCCCGACCAAGAGCCACUCCCAGCUGGAUACCUAUGAACCUCUUGCCCCUGUCUCCCCAAGCGCCUUCAGCUAUGCUCCUGGCCUCACAUUCUCGCAGAACCAGCGCCAGAUUGACCCCAGCAACACCACCGGACCUUUGUUCUGUUUGGCUACCGGGGCUACAAUCCCUUUCUUCUCUGACGGCGGUGCCAAUCCAAUGCCCACCCUCUACCCACUCCUACCGCCGGACUACAGUAGCUCAACACUACCCAAUGAGGCUCCUCCCAGCUAUGUCGAGAGCUGUAGCAGCAACACAUAAACAGCUUCACACAGAAGAGACUGACUGAGGUACACAGAAGAUGACAAGUCACUUCCCUAAACCUCAGUACUAACUACUGAAUCAUCAUCAUAUCAAGCAGCCCUCAAGUACUUCAGCCCUGGAUAAUCAGCCACCUUUUGACAUCCUCUUGAUUGUUUUCACACAAUUUUAGCACUUUCAUGAAAGCAAUAGGUUUUCACAAACUGUUUUUUUUAUAGCUGCUGAUGAUUUUAACUGUCACUUCAAGUUUUGUGGAAUGUAAGAGAAUGACUAAGGCUAUUAUGAAAUGGCAUCUGUGAUGUCUGAAGUUUGAAAUGUGAUGGAUGUGCCUUUUACUUUCAAAUGUUCUAACAUUUGCUGUUGGGAACCUGGGCUGCUGAUACAUGUUGAAAUUGGAUGCAGGUAACUUAGCUUAGUGGGUAGUCCAUUAAUGCUUUUUAUUUACUGUUUCUGACUACACCAGCUUGAUUCAUCUUCUCGUGAGGUGUACUCUGACUGACUAUUUGAAUGUGUGAUUCUCAACUUGGUCUAUGAUAGUUGGUGUAGAGUAUAAAAUUAAACCAGUAGUGCACAAAUCUAAUGUCCUCAUUUAACUGUCAAAUUAAGUGGUUUAUUAUGUUGAUUUCUACUACUAGCUGAAACCAUAAAUACUGUGGAGGAUGUAACUUUUGUGGCUGAUGAAAUAAUGGCCUUGACAUAUUCUAAUUGUAUUUAACACAAUGCAUACUCCUAUGUAACCUGUAUUUUUGUUUUAACUUAAAUUUCAUUAUAAACAAUUAGCUAAUUAUAAUAUAUUGAUAAUUAUCUGCAGUGGACAUUAGAAAACAAAGUUGUAUUUUGGCUCCAUCAGGAUAUAUGCUUUAAUCUUUCCCUUCUACAUCAACAACUCUACCUCCGAAAAUGACAUCGGAAAACACAAGGAGCUUUACCGACUACACCGCUCUGGUCGGUCGCUGACAUCACUCAUCUAUGAGUUUGUCAGUGUUUCCAAAUCCUGGUCCUGGGGACCCCAAGGGGCGCACCUUUUUGUUUUUGCCCUAGCACUCCCACACCUGAUUCAAAUUAAAGAACUGAUGAUAGGUUUAUUAUGUCAAUCAAGUGUGUGAGUGGUAGGGGAACAUUUGAAUCAGGGCAUUGCUGGUCUAUUUACUGUGGAGAGGUUGACCGGUGACCUGGUUCAGUCAAUAAAAACUAGUGCAGUGUUACGCAUGCA